CUGGCGGCGGAGUGGCGCGUGCGGCCGGAGCCGGAGCGGAUCCCGGAGCCGGAGCGGAGCGGAGCGGAGCCGGGGCGGAGCGGGCCGAGCGGGCCGAGCCAGCAGCCGAGCUGGGGGCGCGGGCGGGCGGCAUGUACCGGGCCCGGGCGGCGCGGGCGGGGCCGGAGCCCGGCAGCCCGGGGCGCUUUGGGAUCCUCAGCACCGGGCAGCUCCGGGACCUGCUUCAGGAUGAGCCCAAGCUGGACCGGAUCGUGCGGCUCAGCAGGAAGUUCCAGGGCCUGCAGCUGGAGCGUGAGGCCUGCCUGGCCUCCAACUACGCGCUGGCCAAGGAGAACCUGGCCCUGCGGCCCCGCCUGGAGAUGGGCCGGGCUGCCCUGGCCAUCAAAUACCAGGAGCUUCGUGAGGUGGCCGAGAACUGCGCAGACAAGCUACAGCGACUGGAGGAGAGCAUGCAUCGCUGGAGUCCCCACUGCGCGCUGGGCUGGCUGCAGGCUGAGCUAGAAGAGGCGGAGCAGGAGGCAGAGGAGCAGAUGGAGCAGCUGCUGCUGGGGGAGCAAAGCCUGGAGGCCUUCCUGCCUGCCUUCCAGCGUGGCCGCGCCCUGGCCCACCUGAGGCGGACGCAGGCAGAGAAGCUGCAGGAGCUGCUGCGGCGUCGGGAGCGCUCUGCCCAGCCGGCCCCGACCUCGGCUGCUGAUCCCCCCAAAUCCUUCCCGGCUGCAGCUGUCCUGCCCACUGGGGCCGCCCGGGGGCCACCAGCAGUGCCCCGGAGCCUGCCCCCCUUGGACUCCCGCCCAGUGCCCCCACUGAAGGGCUCCCCCGGGUGCCCCCUCGGCCCGGCCCCUCUGCUGAGCCCUCGGCCCUCGCAGCCAGAGCCCCCCCACCGGUAGGAUCCACGGUGCGGCCCCCCAGUUGGGGGGCCUAGACAAACUUGAUGCGUGGCUCCUCCUCCUCCCCCACUGCCUGGGUGGGGGGAGGGGCAGGCCCCUCCCCCUGGCCUCAGGCAGGCCCUGGCCCUGGAGGCUGAGCUGGGGAGGAGGGUCCCCUGGAAGAGGCCCGAGAGGGGGCUGGGGGUGGGUGGGCAGGGCUUUAUGCCUCUGGCGCUGAAGACACCUGCCUUUUUUGUUUCCAUGCCCCGGGGCCUCUAGGGUGAUGGACCAGCCCCAUUCAAGAACUUGACUCACCUACAGGGGCCUGGGAAGAUGCCUGGGUCCCCCAGGGGCCUUGCCAAGGGGACCUGUCACACCCCACCACUCCACUGGGCUCGCACAACGCCAAGGCCACCAGGAGUGUUUUACAUCACGUCCUGAGCCUACCUUUCUCCCAAAUUCUGGGGCCCACGGCCUAGAAGCCAGGUGGUCAGGCCUCGGCUGUGGGGCCAGGGACACUGUGGCCCUGGGGCCACUACGUGUCCACACAUGCUCCAGACCCUGGGGCAAGGUAGGCCAGGGGCUUCUGACCUGCGCAGGUGAGAGUGGGCCAUCCCCAGGAAAGACCAUUCUGUAUUUUUCUGUCCCUGUCUCCUUAGAAUGGAAGCUUUUUGAGGGCAGGUCCUUGUCUUUGUACGUUCUGUCCCCAGCCCCGCCUCUUAGGGGCCGUCAAUAAAUGUGAUGAUAAGGAUGA